GACAAAGUUAACACAGAUCGUGCAGAUCAUCGUAGCAGUAUCAACACAGCCCGAUCUACUGUUUCGCAGCUGGGACAUUGCGAUUGGAGGGAAAGUCUAAAUGUUAUUACGACCAACACCGUAUCGGCUGAAAAGGAAUCGGAGUCUACAUGUCUUAGAAGUUCACAAAGUAACGUAAGCAGAAGAGAGCUUGAAGAAUACCCACACAUACUUAAAAGGUCAACGAGAUCCAGUGAACAAGUCGGCAAUCUGAAUGAUGCUUCAUGUUCAUCCACUGCAGCUACAAAAUCUGAUAUGACUGGUCUUAAGUCAACUUCGAAUCUUAAAUCAGAAAUCAACAGCAAACAUGACUUUCGAAACAGUUCAAACGGUCAUGUGGACACCGUAAGCAUAACCCACAAUACAAACGCGAGAGGAAGAUACUUUUCUGAUGUUGUGAAAGAACCGAACCAGGAAAAUGGAAAUCGGCAAAUUAUAAGCCCUUCCACAGAAAAUGCGGUGAAAGACAAUACCGCUAAACCGUGUAAAGUAUCGGAGAAUUACGGUAUGCCAAGCACUGCAGUUGCAGUUAGAAGUAAGCAAGCCAGCCAUUCAGCGGUGUAUACCACAAAGCCCAAGACAAAACUUACAGAGAAAAUGCCUAAUGCAAAUGACACAGAGAACAGACCAUAUGUCCUUAUAUCGAAGAUGAUAAACGAUACAAACUCAUUCCGAGUGGAAGCGGGCGAGCAUUUCAAGAAUAUGAGAGAAUACAAACGCAUGGCGAAAUCAUCAGAAAAGAAGUAUUCAGACGAAUUCAUCAAGCUGGCAAAAGUGGAAAAAAAACUGGCGGAAGAGGCCGAUAGAAAAGCAGUAAAACUCAUCCUAGAAAACGGGAGUCCGAACGUUCCACACUGUAUGACACUCGAUCUUCACAGGAUCUAUAUCAAUGAGGCUCGUCCGCUGGUGGACAGAUUCCUGCAGACAAACAUGUAA